CUCGAAGCGAUCGCAUCCUCAAUCUCAUCACACAUUUCCUCCACUCUGCCCUCAACGAGCCAACCAACAUAGGCCAAUCUAUUCUAUUUUUCCGCCGAUAACGCGAAACCUGAAUCUUGCAACUAGCCACCGAAGCUCUGCCAAGCUUUGCCUAGCACAACAUCACAACUGCUUCACUUUUCGAACAGUUGGCCAUCGGAUUACCCGCACCUCCCCUCUACGCCAUAUUGUCUCGAUCCUCAAGUCCCUGAAUUGGAAGGGAAGAGGCUAGAUAUCCUCUUACUGCAUACUAUUACCUGAUUGCUACACGAAGCCCCCAUCUGCGGACUCGUGUGCAUUCUCUCCCACCCUCGACACCUUAUAAUAUUUACAACCCGCCGUUGUGCGGCAGCAAAGAAAUACAACAAAAAAGAUGACAGAUCAGCUCACCGAUCAGCUGAGAAAUGCUCACAUUAGCGAUGCUUCAGAGGGCGGCGAAGACUGGAAGAAGAGUCUUAAGCUACCUGCCAAAGACAACAGACAACAAACAGAAGAUGUUACGAAAACAAAGGGUCUCGAAUUUGAAAACUUUGCGCUGAAGCGCGACCUCCUUAUGGGCAUCUUCGAAGCCGGAUUCGAAAAGCCAUCCCCAAUUCAAGAAGAGUCUAUCCCUGUUGCGCUUACCGGCCGUGAUAUCUUGGCCAGAGCCAAGAACGGUACUGGUAAAACUGCCGCCUUUGUUAUCCCUGCCCUUGAACGCAUCAACCCCAAAAUCGCCAAGAUCCAAUGUCUUAUCCUUGUUCCUACGCGAGAGCUUGCUAUGCAAACCUCUCAGGUCUGCAAAACUCUCGGUAAACACCUGGGUAUCAACGUCAUGGUAACCACUGGUGGUACUGGCCUCCGAGAUGAUAUUAUCCGUCUCCAGGAACCUGUCCAUAUUGUGGUCGGUACCCCAGGCAGAAUCCUCGAUUUAGCUGGCAAGAAUGUGGCUGAUCUGAGCGAAUGCCCCAUGUUCAUCAUGGACGAAGCUGAUAAGCUACUUUCUAUCGAAUUCACUCCCACUAUUGAGCAGCUGCUGCAAUUCCACCCCAAGGAUCGUCAGGUCAUGCUCUUCUCCGCCACCUUCCCUCUGUCCGUUAAGGACUUCUCUGACCGCAACAUGACUAGCCCGUACGAAAUCAACCUGAUGGACGAACUCACCCUCCGCGGUAUCACCCAGUACUAUGCCUUUGUCGAGGAGAAGCAAAAGGUUCACUGCUUGAACACCCUCUUCUCCAAGUUGCAGAUUAACCAGUCCAUUAUUUUCUGCAACUCCACCAACCGUGUCGAAUUGUUAGCCAAGAAGAUUACUGAGCUUGGCUACUCUUGUUUCUACAGUCACGCACGCAUGCAGCAGCAGGCUCGUAACCGAGUCUUCCACGACUUCCGAAACGGCGUCUGCCGUAACCUUGUUUGCUCUGAUCUUCUCACCCGUGGUAUUGAUAUUCAGGCUGUUAACGUGGUUAUCAACUUUGAUUUCCCCAAGAACGCCGAGACAUAUCUGCACAGAAUCGGUCGUUCUGGCCGUUUCGGUCAUCUUGGUCUGGCCAUUAACCUGAUCAACUGGGAAGACCGAUUUAACUUGUACAACAUUGAAAGAGACCUUGGAACCGAAAUUCAGCCCAUCCCUGCUAGCAUCGACAAGAGCCUCUACGUCUAUGAGAACCCCGACAGCAUUCCUCGCCCCAUCUCCAGCCUGCCUCCCAGCGCUCAGCAGCCCAUGCAGCCCAUGCAGCAGCAGCAGCAGCAGCCUGGACAGGGCAACUGGCAAACCCAAAACGGCCAGUACAACAACAACUACCGUGGACGUGGACGUGGAAGAGGCGGUCACCGUGGCCGUGGCGGAAACAACUACAGCAACGGCGGUCGCGGCCGUGGCCCUCCUCGUGAAGGCCAACCCUCUGCUUAAAAUCAUCAACCGAUUGGGGGCAUGGGUUUGGGGGCGUCAUCGGCGUUUAAGCGGCAUAUAUUGUCCAAGCGGGUUUUGAUUUUCGGAGUACAUAUUUUGAUUUCUUGUUUUUAACAGCGCGGGUUCUUCAAACAUGAAGAACGGAAAGGCAAUCGGCAUAGGACAGCUUGAUUGUACCAUCAUGCACACACAUUUUAUAUUGGGCGAAUCAACGGACAACACAAGUAGGAUGGUGUGACAUGGCCUAGGAGGCCAUGAAACUCAUAUUCAACUUGAACGGCCACUCUCAGACCGUAUCAGCACCACAAUAACGACCCAAGCCGAAAUUUUGAGCUGCUUUCAGCAGUCACUAGAAUACUACUACUCGGUUCAGAAGGACAACUGAUUCAACUCUCUUGAAUCAUGAUACCUAUAUGUCGAAUUUCCAGCACUAGUACUUGGCAUAAUGUACAGCGCAGCCGCUGGAAAGAAAAGAAUAUUACGGGCGAUGCUAGUAUUGUCGGCUGAGAGGUCUUUUUGCUCUCGUUUCUUUUGUUUCCUUGAAGGACACUGCAACUUUGUUUGCAGAUCGUCGGGCAUGGGGGGCGCAAAGGAUUAGCAAAGGCACAUUUGAUUUGUUUUUUUUGGGAAUUCAGGGCAUGAUACCUUUUGACGAUAUCUCUACGUUUUGAUGAGCAAGGCGAUUGUCUUGCGAUGAAGGUGGGGGGUGUCAAAGAUACACUCGGCUGGCCACUAUGAAGGGGCCUACAGGGGCAACGAGCUUGCCCAGGAUUUGGCGAGAUGUAUAGCUCGACGGCGGGCCAUACAAUAGCGGAAGAACAUACUCAAAUCGGAGGUAUUGCUCCAUGAGCAAUACGGGAAGACAAAAUACCAAUCACACUAGAAAAAAACACAAAAAAAAUUUUUGGGAAUGGGCAAGAGAUGGACUUGCUUCUCGGCUCGAGAGAUGCAAGCUGUCCGGACUAGCUAGCAAAAUGAAACAUCAUUUCCCACCCC